CUCGGACGGUCGCUCUUAGCUUUAGUCGUUGGCGGUAUCGCGUUCUGUUUGGUUGUGCCUCAGCUCAUAGCUCUGAAACGUUAUUAUUUGGCCGAAUUGGGCUUUUUACAGGCGAGCAGUGCCUCGACGUUUUGAAAUAAAUUUUAGGUGCACAACAAAGGCUAAAAAAGUGAAAAAUGUCAGCGCUUUGGUUGCGAACACGAGUGCUUGGUGCGCUGGUCGUGCUACACAUCGUCGGUUCGUGGACGCCCGGCAUGAGUUUACCUCAAGGUGCACCGGAAACUGUGUGCGACACAAUGUUGCCAUUCCACGGUGGCGGCAUCUUGCCCGCCAACAGCGUCUCCCCCUUCAGCAUCGAGACGUCAACGUCCGUGAUCGGACAGGGCCAAACGUUGCGUGUGGAUGUAACUGGCGUGCCAACGGGCCUUAGCUUUGGUGGCUUCAUGAUACAGGCGCGCAAUCGCAACCCACCCUAUCAAAUUAUUGGACAAUUUGGACCGUCGCGUGAUGGCACCGUCAAGCUCAUGAACUGCGAGAAUUCUGUAAAUAAUUCAGCCACGCACAGCAAUGCUGGUGCCAAGUCCCAGGUGAGCUUGGAAUGGGAGUCGCCAGUCGAUUUCAUGGGUCAAGUGGUUUUCAACGCCACCGUGGCUCAAUCCUACACGGACUUUUGGGUUGGUGUGCCAUCAAAUCCAGUGCAAGUGGUUAGACGCGACGUUGCACCACCAUCAGUGGCCAGUGCUCCAACUUCGGGUGGCUAUAACCCCACAACACGUCAGCCCUAUGUGCCACCCAGCUAUGUGGCUCCAAAUGUCGUAGCAACCGUUGCUGAUCCUUUCUAUAACAACUGUGGAGUGAGCAAGACGUGCUUUGGUUUUCCUAAUGGCUGCAUGGCCACCAAAUCCUGCACCUCACUCUCUGCAGUGACUGUCAGAGGCGAUAUCUACGAAUUCGAGCUGCAGUCUGGCAAAGGCACGAAUGCCGCAUAUGUGGCUGUUGGUCUGUCCGAGGAUGCCAAGAUGGGUGAUGAUUUUACCAUCGAGUGUGUGCCUGAAAACGGAAGGGUUAGCAUGUACUCCUCAUAUACAUCUGGCAGUCCAUAUGGCGUGAGCAGAGCCGGAGUUCCCCAGAACACAGCGCGUCUAGUGGAGGCCUCCGUUGUGGAUGGCGUUAUCUACUGUAAGGUACAACGAGAUCCUGUCACGGUGGUGCAGGGACGUACAUUCGAUUUGAGAAACAAUAUGUACCAUCUGCUGGUCGCUUCCGGAACCGGUCUCAAAGAGAAUGGCGUAGGAUAUCAUGACAUUGGACGCCUGCCUUCCGGCUCACCCAUUAAUCUGGCGGUGGUGCAGGAGUUGGGUGGCUCCAGUAUGCUGUUGGUGCGCUUGCAUGGUGCUUUCAUGAUAGUUGCCUGGAUAGGCACCACCUCGUUGGGCAUUAUCUUUGCUCGCUACUUCAAGCAAACAUGGGUGGGCAGUCAGACCUGUGGCAAGGAUCAGUGGUUUGCGUGGCAUCGUAUGCUCAUGGUUACCACCUGGUCGCUGACAGUGGUUGCCUAUAUUUUGAUCUGGGUCGAGCUGAAGCGCGCCGUGUGGCAUGCCCAUGCCGUAACUGGUCUGAUCACAGUUAUUCUCUGCUUCUUACAACCCAUUGGUGCUCUCUUCCGUCCGGGACCGAAUGACAAGAAACGACCCUAUUUCAAUUGGGGCCAUUGGCUGGGUGGCAAUCUCGCUCACAUCCUUUCAAUUGUGACAAUUUUCUUCUCCGUUAAACUACCAAAGGCUGAGCUACCCGAAUGGAUGGACUGGAUUUUGGUGGGCUUCGUGGUCGUCCAUGUUUUGGUGCAUUUAAUAUUUUCCAUUUGCUUGUGCAUUAAUCAUUGGCAGGUUGGUGGCAUCGCUUCGGAUCGGCAGCAGACUCAACGUAUCAACACCUUCCAGAUGGGCGAUAUAUCGCAUCAUCACCAACACGCCAUGCGCAAUGGUAUGAGCAUGGAACGGAAAAUGGAUGCACCGUAUGGAGCUCUGCGAAAGGGAUUGCUUAGUGUCUAUAGCGUUAUCUUGGUGCUCUUCGUCGUGGCUCUGAUUCUAAUCGUGGUGCUGGCGCCCAUUGAAGAAUUCUUUAAAAGCAGUCCAUAAACAAGAAAUGGUGUAAAAAGAAAAUAGUCGCUAACUCAAAGCACAAUGAACCACCCAUCUGAACUUUAUGCACUUCCUGUUUUUAUACAGUUUUUAAUACUCGUACCUUAUACGUAUAUACAUAUUUCUCGCGUCUCAACUUAUUCAAGCGACAAUAUUGUCAAGUGCUCAGUUUCUGUCAACCCUUUUUAUGUUGUUAUGUGUAAUUAAGCAGAAAAGUGUAAGCUAAGUGCAAAGCGUUCAGUACAUGUUAUAUAAUUUAUUAUUAAUAAAGAAAACAAGCCAA